AUGACGGUCGUGUGCCACCAGGGCCUGGUGCUAGCAGGUAGCGCCGCUUUGGCUACCAUGGGGACCCUGAUCCUGUACACAGGGACACCCAGCAGGUACGGGAAACACAGCCAGAACCUGUCGUCGAGAGUUCCCCUCCUGCCAGCACGCGUCGCCUGGUUCCUGCAGGAACUUCCCUCCUUCGUCGUGUCAGUAGGGAUGCUCGCUUGGCAGCCCCGCUCCCUCUUCGGACAGCCCGGGAACCUGCUGCUGGGUCUCUUCUCCUUACAUUACUUCCACAGAACAUUUAUUUACUCCUUGCUCACCAGAGGGAGGCCUUUCCCAGUGUUAUUCUUUCUGAGAGCCACCGUCUUCUGCAUAGGAAAUGGAUUUCUUCAAGCCCACUAUCUGAUUUACUGCGCAGAAUACCCUCAGGACUGGUACACAGAUGUCCGGUUUAGCCUGGGUAUCUUCCUAUUUAUUUUGGGAAUGGGAAUCAACAUCCAUAGUGACUGCCUGCUGCGCCAGCUUAGGAAGCCUGGAGAAGUCAUCUAUAAGAUCCCACAAGGUGGCUUGUUUACGUAUGUUUCUGGAGCCAAUUUCCUGGGUGAGAUCAUUGAAUGGAUGGGCUAUGCCUUGGCCACCUGGUCCAUUUCAGCUCUUGCAUUUGCAUUUUUCUCACUUUGUUUCCUUGGGAUGCAAGCUUUUUACCACCACAGGUUCUACCUCCAGACGUUUAAGGAUUACCCCAAAUCUAGGAAAGCCCUUAUUCCAUUUGUCUUUUAAGGAACCCCGAUUUUAAGGGACAAAGCUUCUAUGGGGGAACUGCCCAGCUGCUGAAACGAUAAACUGUAAACUAUAACUGAGCUGUGUCUUGCUCAUACGUGUACAUAUCAUGAUGUGUGUGCUAACAGGUAUCUUUGUUAUUCCAGUUGCCUGAGGCAUACUGAGUCAUGCCUGCUUAACCUUUACUUCUGUCAGCCCAGGGAGCCCUAACCUAAUUUCUUGUUGGAGCGUCACAGAGGCCCUUCCAUGGAGACAUUUUCUCCUUAGCUAUUCCUUCUAGAAGCUUCCCCAUUCCUCAUGGUUUUUUUUUUCCAUUGUAUGAUCUGAAGACAUGUGACAUUCUUCUUACUCUGUAUCAAUUUUGGGAAGUUCUGCAGUCAAAACCCUUUGGGCUGACCUAAUGAAAAAUGAAAUCGUAGCAUUUGCAGGAAAGUGGGUAGAACUGGAAAUGAUUAUAUUAAGCAACAUAACCCAACUCAGAAAGAUAAAUACUGCAUGUUUUUCUCAUAUGCAGAUCCUAGAUUUUAAUUUAUAUGUAUAUAUGCGUCUGUUUAUAUGUGUGUUUUCGGGGGCAUAUAGUUCAUUAAAUUAGCAAGGAGAUCAGGAGAAAGGAAAAAGAGGAGAAAGAGUAGAAUAGAAUAUGUGUGGCAUGAAAGCAGAGAGAGGUGGUGGCAGGGAGGAAGGGGACCAGCAAGAGAAAUGUAGGAGAACAGAGGAGAUGAGGAGGGGAGGGAGAUUGGCAAAAAUAUAGUGUGGAUGAAAAUGCCAUAGUGAAACCCAUUACUUUGUAUGCUGGUUUUGAAAUAAAUCAACCAACCAAUUAGCCAACCAGCAAAAAAAGAAUGUCUGAGCUGAGGGCAGUGCUUAAAGGAGUAAUUAAAAGCAUACUUUUAUGUAUACUCACAGAGUGGCAGAGAUUUACAUUUUUAAGUGCUGUAGACCCAGAGCAUGUCUAAAUUACUUUGUACUUAUCUGUACAAUUAUCAACAUUUCCAAGAGACAGACUGUAGGAAAGGGGCUGAUGAUGGGCACCUGGUCCCUAGGAAUGGCCAGGUGCUGAUCUUCCUCUUCAUUAGUUAAUUAGGACGAUAUGAAAAGGGAGAACUUUAAUAAUGGAAUUCCCUUCUCUGACCCAUGUCCAAAUGUAUACAAGUGUCUUAGUCAGUGAACACUCUGAUCUCCCAGGAGGUUUCACAAUUCCUAUUGUGUUAUCAUUGCUUCCUCCACACCACUGGCAUGGAUUUUCUUGAUGGUUAGGGUUUUUUUUUUUUUUUGAACACACACAAAAAAUACAUAGCUAUGACUGGCUCCUGAGGAAAUAAAGAAAUGUGUUAUGACAGACAUUGUAAACUCGUGUUUUUGGGAACCGAUGGGAAUAUCAAAUAUCAGGGACACAUCAAGUAUGAGAAAUUCAUGCAGAAGACGACGAUAGGCCGUUCACCUUGAGGAGAUGUCUACAAUAGUCUGAAGGAUUUUGGAAGCUCCAAGCAAGUUUCUUCUGGAAUUUCUUCCUUAUGAGCCUUGAGACAUAUUUUAGAAGACGUGUCCCGGCAGGCAGUAGCUUGAACAUCGGUCCCCAAAGGUCCCGAUGGCAGAAGCUGAGAUCUGCAAGCAGAUGUUCACCUGGGCAGAAAACCUGUUUCAUUUAAUUCAGACAGGGUUUCACACAUAGUUUUAUUUUAUCUUGUCUUGUAUUUUAAGUUUCAAAUUGUGAAAAUUAGGAGGUUUCUACAUAAACAGAAACCUUGACAUUGUUUCUUUCAAAAGUUGGAGGGAGAGACAUAGAGACAGAACAUAAUGGAAGGGUGAAUGUGAUUGAAGCACUACACACAUAUAAAAAAAAUGUAACGAGACACUGA